CAAUCAAUAUUGAAUUUAGUUUGGGUAUUGUUACAAAAUUUCACUUGUAAGCCUAUUAGAUAAUCCAAUGAAAUGAACAACCCAUGGCGGGAAAUCGGCUUUAUCAGCAGGCCGAAGAAGCAUGUAAAAAUCAUUCGGAUCAAGAAACGCAUUGCAAGGCGCAGGAAAAUCUUUAAGCAGAGACAAAAGGACUUGAUAGAACUUCAUCUAAGAAAUCGUAUAAAGUAUUUAAUUAUCGAACAGCUGGAGUACAGAUUGGCAAAUAAUAAAAGCAAGAAGAAAGUGCAGAUAAGCUUAAAGGAAAAUAAGACCAAAUGAGGCAACUAACUAAGGAUUAACAAGGAAUAAUAAGUUAAUUAAAUUACAACAUAUUACUGGACAGAAUUACCCAAUUACCAGUAGCUGGAUAAUCUAGAAUUUACCGCUUUCAGUAUUCCUGAAAAUAUUUCACACCAAAUUAGACAAUUUUCAAAUCAAUGCCAUAGAUGAACGGCAAAUCAAUUUCCUUUGUUUGCCACUCCAUUCAGAUUACGAAAAUUUGAAAUAAACUUUUGCCGGCCAGCGACCACAAAAUCAUUUUCAAUCCGAGCUCAAUAAAAAUCAAAGCCACUGAGGAAGCGUCGGCAUUGGAUACUGGGAAUCCAAGCCAAAUGGAAAGUUUCACAGCAUUAAUAAAUAUUUACAGGCACGUCGCGUCCCGUGCUCUUCAAUGGAAUGGCCUACUGGGCAGUUCCAGUCUCAGCUCUCAGUUCUCAGUUCUGGCAAUGAAAUCAAAUCAAAUAUGCGCGCUGACGCUUUAUAUAUCGCACCGAGGAGGCAGCGGGAGCAUCGUUCGCUUUGGUGUGCUCACAAGAAUUUAAAUCAUCCGACUUACAUGCUACUUACAAGCCAAAGCGCCUAUAUGUAUGCCCCAUAAAAGGCGAGCAAGACCGAGUGCAGAAUGGGCAAGUGGAAAAAUGUCAGGCAGAGCACUGAGAAAAAAUAGAAGGAAGUCUAAUAUUAAAUUCUGGAAAAGUAAUCGAGUUCUUAAGGAUGAAAUAAUUAAACUAGAAUUGGAAAACCAUAUUUUAAGAAUAUGAUUUUAACAGUCUGUUGUAAUUAUUCCAUCUAAAAGACGGUACAAAUCUGGUAUCUUAAAGAAUGUACUAAAAAGAUACUUAAUAUAAUCCACAAAAAAAGCACAA